AUGUGGAAAAGAGACAUGAAUUCUCCGAAUGAUCAUAAACUUACCUGGCUGGAAGGUUCUCACGAUCAAGAAGGUGGGGCCUUCAUGGUGAGGCUUGACCAUUGCACUUUAGGUCAGGUUGACCCGUGUGGCAUUCCCGAGUCGGGAUUCGCCAACAGCGUAAUUUUUGCGUUAGGGGACAGCGUACGCGCUUCCCUAAUUAUUGGUACUGGCGUUUGCCAAGGUUGUCCCAAGUUUCAGUACACUGGAAACAGUGAUGCUAUCGAUUGUUUUCCGAUGUGUGUGUGUGUGUGUGCUAUUCAUAUUGCAUCGAUUCCCUUAGCGAUUCUAAUCACAAUAAAGGUUCACAUAUGA